AUCUUAGAACCCUACUUCUGUGAACCCUAAACCCCAAAUUCGUCGCUCGCCCACACAAACAAAACACACGCAGAGAUGGGAAGCGACAGCGAGGUUGAGAAAACCGCGCAAAAGGAGAGGGAGAAGAAGAAGCUCUUGGCUCUCGCCCCCAUUGCCAAGCCACUCGCCGGCAAAAAGCUGAGCAAACGUGCUCUCAAACUUGUUCGCCGAGCUGCGGAACACAAGUGCUUGAAGAGAGGAGUUAAGGAAGUCGUCAAAAGUAUUCGCCGCGGGAACAAAGGAAUUUGUGUUAUCGCAGGGAACAUAUCACCUAUUGAUGUGAUCACUCAUGUUCCAAUCUUGUGUGAAGAAGCUGAUAUACCAUAUAUCUAUGUUUCAUCGAAAGAGGACCUCGCCAAUGCAGGAGCUACCAAGAGGCCUACAUGCUGUGUACUCGUGUCAACCAAGCCCGCCAAGGGAGAAAUCGGACAGGAGGAGCAAGAAAAGUUGAAGGGAGAGUAUGAUCAGGUUGCAUCUGACAUAUCUGAACUUGCAAACACAAUGUUUUAGUCAGUGUGCCAAAUAUUACAUUAUGAAGUCUGUACUCUACUUCUAUUAGGUUUAAGCUUAAGAUGAUGCAUUUUCCCCA